AGGGGAGAGAGAGCUGUGCGGGACAAGCUGCUCCUGCAGAAGGAUGCCGCUGCUAGCCCUGUCCUGGCUAGGCCUCACGUCAGUGGCGGCAUCCCUGUGGCAGCUCCCGCUGCUGGUCGGGGCUUCCUGGCUUCUGGCCCGCCUCCUGACCUGGGCCUGCACCUUCCGUGGCAACUGCCGCCGCCUUCGGGGCUUCCCGCAGCCGCCAAAGCGGAACUGGCUCUUGGGCCACAUGGGCCAGCUCACACCCAACGAGGAGGGCAUGAAGCUCGUGACUCAGAUGGUGACCACCUACCCCAAGGGCUUUAAGGUGUGGCUUGGUCCCACCUUCCCCCUCAUCAUUUUAUGCCACCCUGACAUUGUCCGGCCUAUCACCAGCGCCUCAGCUGCCAUUGCACCCAAGGACGUGGUCUUCUAUAGAUUCCUGAAGCCCUGGCUGGGGGACGGGCUCCUGCUGAGUGCUGGUGACAAGUGGAGCCGCCACCGUCGAAUGCUCACGCCUGCCUUCCAUUUCAACAUCCUGAAGCCCUACGUACAGAUCUUCAACAAGAGUGUGAACAUCAUGCAUGCCAAGUGGCAGCGCCUGGCCUCUGAGGGCAGCACCCGUCUGGACAUGUUUGAGCACAUCAGCCUCAUGACCUUGGACAGUCUGCAGAAAUGCGUCUUCAGCUUCGACAGCAACUGCCAGGAGAAGCCCAGUGACUAUAUCGCCGCCAUCUUGGAGCUCAGCGCCCAUGUCGAAAGAAGGAACCAGCAGAUCCUCCUGCACAUGGACUGCCUGUACUACCUCACCCCUGACCGGUGGCGCUUCCGCAAGGCCUGCCGCCUGGUACACGACUUCACAGAUGCCGUCAUCCAGGAGCGGCGUCACACCCUCCCUGCUCACGGCAUCGAUGACUUCCUCAGGGCCAAAGCCAAGUCCAAGACACUGGACUUCAUUGAUGUGCUCCUGCUGAGCAAGGAUGAAGAUGGGAAAGAGUUGUCAGAUGAGGACAUAAGAGCGGAAGCUGACACCUUCAUGUUUGAGGGCCAUGACACCACGGCCAGCGGCCUCUCUUGGGUCCUGUACCACCUCGCGAGGCACCCAGAACACCAGGAGCGCUGUCGGCAAGAGGUGCGGAAGCUCAUGAGGGACCGGGAGACUACGGAGAUUGGAUGGGAGGACCUGGCCCAGCUGCCCUUCCUGACCAUGUGCAUCAAGGAGAGCCUGCGGCUGCACCCCCCUGUCCCGGUCGUCUCCCGCUGCUGCACCCAGGACAUUGUGCUUCCCGAUGGCCGCGUCAUCCCUAAAGGCGUUACCUGCCUCAUCUCCAUUUUUGGGAUUCAUCACAACCCAGAAGUGUGGCCGGACCCUGAGGUCUAUGACCCUUUCCGCUUUGACCCGGAAAACAUCAAGGAAAUGUCGCCUCUGGCUUUUAUUCCCUUCUCAGCAGGGCCCAGGAACUGCAUCGGACAGAUGUUCGCCAUGACUGAGAUGAAGGUGGUCCUGGCACUCACGCUGCUGCGCUUCCGCAUCCUGCCUGACGCCACGGAGCCCCGCAGGAAGCCAGAGCUGAUUCUGCGUGCAGAGGGUGGGCUUUGGUUGCACCUGGAGCCACUGAACUCCGGCCCUCAGUGA